AUGGUGUGCUCAGACAACGUUCCUGCUCAGCGUCUCUACGAAUGCUUGGGAUACCUCCAGAUAUUCCAGGCGCAACUCUUUCAGUUGCAAAAAUGCGGUGAUUCACUGCCAUCAAAGGGUGGCUCCUCCUCUUUGAUCCUUCCUCUGCACUUGCUGCGAUCUCUGCGCAUUGUCCAGGAUCCAUGGGCUGUCCGUGCAGUUCCAGCAGACAACGGAGAAAUCGACCGAAUUCGGGUGAUGAACUUCGGCUAUUCUAAAGGGCUCUCGAAGGCACGGGGUAUGGUGCCGGGAUUGCUGGACCGACGAAGCCGUGCCGCAGUCAACGGAAGCAUUGCAAAUCUUGCCAAGGCACAAAUGCUUAGCAGAACUUGGUCUUCGCUGGCAUCCCAGUUAGGUGGCAAUGGCUCCAAUAGCCGUGAAACAGAAGAACUUGCCUUCGACCUGCAAAAGUCCGACUUCAUUGUCGCGGUCGAGCAGGCAGCUGUUGGAAACAGUGGCAGUUUGGGCGCUCAACUGCUCUUCAUCACCGUGCCAUACUCAGACCAGCGUUUGUUGUUCGCUGGAGGCUAG